GGUUCCCGUCUCAGCAUCCGACUCAAGGUAUCGUCCAGGUUUUCCCGGCUUUCCUCUUGUGUAGGCUGCUCUGCCUCGUCGAGGAGUUUCUUCUCCUUCUUCGCUGCUCGACGGCCGGCGACCGAUUCCACGACGAAUCACGAUUCUUGUUUUACGAACUCGACCACGCACGCACUCAGGACCUCAUAGACUCCAUCGCCAUUCUGCGCACCUCGCGCAUUUCUUGCGAUUCAAGACUUACAUUUCACGAUCAAACAGCGUCCGCUGACGCUUCGCUGUCGACUGAACGCCCUCAAGCUUCAUUCUACGACCUCAUUUCGACCUUCUCAUCCACUGCACAUAUAUUUACUCUUGUUUUAUUAACGAUUUAUCACGCAUCUCGCUUUCAAUUUCCUCCCCAUCAAUACGAUCUAACAGCCAGCAAACACCAUGCGGGAUACACUUCCAUUGCUCUCUCGUGUCCCCAGGGCCUCCGACCCUUCCCGUGCUCGCUCGCCGUCCCCAGCCUUGAGCAAUACUGAAACCACUCCGCCCCCCAUCCCCACCAUCCGUCUGAUCUCAGCAACCCCGGCUGCUACGGGUUCCGCAACUAGUCCCAACACUUCAAUCGUCAACACCACCUUCGCAUCUUCGUUUGUCAACGUCCCGGCCGUCUCUUCCCCACUUGCUCCAAAAGGAGAGGACAAGGGCUCAGCUAAGCGGCGCCUAGUGCCUAAAAAAUCCAAACUCAGUCUUUUGGUUGGCGGUAGCAUGAAUGGCAGCAACAAGACGAAGGGCCGUGCCAACAAAGACUUGUCCGACGUCGUUCGGCGGGUCGGCGGCUCCGCCUCCACGAGUAGAGGCGGCUUUGAAAUCUACGUCGACCCCACCAACGACCCUGAAAUUGGCGAAAUUCUCAUGGUGAAGAAGAAGAAGAGCCGCGCGGCGCUGGACGGGAUGAAGUGGGGACCGCUGGGCGAGGUCACGAAUGUGCCUUCUGCCCCCAAAGAAAAUGGCAAGCCGUCCGCGGGGAAUCUGCUCAAAGUGAAAACAGAGGAAAAGGAGAAGUGGUGGAGCAUUGGACGCGGACGGAAGGAUUCCAAGGAAAAAGCGAAAGACAAAUCCCGAGGCCGCUCGGCCUCGCGCGGUCACCCAAUGAACCCUGUCGAGAAUGAAAACACAGUCCCUCGCGGGCGUUUCAAUUCUUUGGAUUCUGGAGUCCUGCUCUCGUCUCCCCCAGCUGAAGUCCCGACUUUUGGUACUGUUUCCUCAGCGAAUAUUCCGCAGGUCCCCACCAUUCCGUCGUCUAUACCCAACACGCCCAUCGACGGCACUUCGCCCACUUUCCUCGCCCCACCUCCUGGGGUACCCAACACCGGCACCGGGUCGAUUGCGAUCCGCGCUAUGCGCUCCAUGCGCUCCAUGGCCCGCAUCAGUAGCUGGGCGCAGCUGAAGCCGACAGAGAAGGAAAUGGCGAGCAUCCCCGCGCUCCCGAAGAAAAAAGAGAAGGAAAAGGAAAAGCCGGAGUCGAAGAAAAAAAAGAAAAAGGAAAAAGAAGAGAGGGCGCAGACCGUGCGCUACUCGGGGAGCAGCUUCGAGGCCGGCGCACCCACGAGCCCCGAGGCGAUGACGUUCCGGGAGGCAAUAACGUUCCAGGAGGCGAUGACGAUCCGGGAGGCUGAGGCGCAAGUGCAGACACACACACUCACAAAACGCAAGCAGAGCAUCCUUGGGCUCGGGCUGCCAACGGCAAUCAAAUUUGGCACUGUUAGGCCCGCGUCUACCGCGUCGUCCGUGGGUGCACAAACCGCUGCUGGUGCCAGCCGCCUCUCCGUUGGCUCGUCGAUUUCCCCGACUACAAAUGGGCGGGGCCGCUCCGCGUCGACGCUCUCUGCAGGGUCGUCGCUCCGCCCGAUGUCGAUGUCCUCCAGGGGGUCUGGUGGAUCCGGAAAAUCUUCUUCGAGCGCUGCGUCGGUUCGCUGGGACGAGGAGGGACUGGAGACAGUCAAAGAGAGGCGGAAGGCAGAGAGGGGUGGGGUGGAGACUGCAUCAGGGGUGGAGAACAAGAACAAGGACGCAGAGGGGCAGAAGGCGAAGGACACGCACAGGACGUCCGAAUCGCGACGCCGCGCAGCGCUCGCGGAUAUCUUCCCCGAGCAGAUGUCUCGCCCGUCGUCGCAGGUAUCGGCGUCAACAACGUCAUCGGUACCAAUGCCGCACCCUAUUGUCACCGUCGAGGAAGCUACGGUCGACGGACAUUCCGUCGAUCAAGACGCGUUGUCCUAUCAGACGCCUGUAAGGCGAGCGCGCGCUCGGCCCGUAUCGGAGCAGAUGCUCGGCCGUUCCCGGCCGAAGGCAAUAUGCGACGACGAUGGGGAUGGUGUUCUGUCCAUCUUAGAUGCGGCUACCAACGACCUUGCAUCGCUCAUCAACCGCUUGGAUCUUCAGGCGACCCCGGCGACCCCAGAUGGCUCUCCGUUGAGGCUGCCGCCGUACGUAUCUAGUCGACUGGGCGGGUCCAUGAGAGCCAAUGCUUCCCCGCGGUCGAACGGGAGCCCCAUCAAGAAGCUCGCCGCUGUUGCUGGCAGUUCAGUCAACCCUGGGCUACUGACGAGCAUGGCGUCUGUGACGUCGCUAAGGCCAUACGCUCAGUCGCGCACCAGGACACUGAUCUCUGGCGCAGUCCCUUCGGCUGGUCGGGGCGCGAUUGGCAAACAGAUUGCCCCCUGGCCCAUCUCGCCCACGAAGCCGUCUCCCAAGCGCACGCGGAAGCCCAGCGUGCCUUCGUUCCGGCAGACGCACAAACGUACUCUGAGCCCUGCCCCGCAGCCGGAGGAGCCCAUUGUGUUCCAGCCUCUCCGCCCAGCGAAGCCAAAGGGACCUGUUGGAUUGAUGGCGGCGACACCUUCGCCUCCACCUGCGAGUGCCUUCUUGACUCCGCUUGGUAAUGCUGAACCCAGCACCCCGAGCUCGAGGACUUUCGGGUCUAUACCAUUCAAGAUGUCGGGACCGAUAUUUAUGGCGGAGCGCGACGAAGCCCCAACGCCUACUCCUGUAUUCCGGAGACCUACGAAUGGUGAAGAUAGACCCUUGGUUCUCAAGAGCAGUGUCGCUUCCAUGCAACAGAGCCUUCCUAGAGUAACCCUCUCCCCCGAGGCGAAAAAGGGCUUGGGUAUGGCUGGUACGCUCGGCGGCUUCCUCGGUUCCUUGGGUGAAGCUGGGAAUGAUGCUGACAGCGAUAUUCCAGAUGAGCUGCAAGCAAUCUUGUCAAGCCAGGAGGAUGGCGACACGGAUUGCUUCGACGAUACGCUUUCGUUCCGUCCGGACAUCGCAUCGAAGCCCCCUCCCUCUCCAGGUCUUCCGCCUGCUUCCCCGUUGCCCACACCGGAGCCAUCUUUCUUGGAGCCAGAGUCCCCCAUCGCCCCCGUGUUUCACGCACAGCUUAUUGACGAUGGCGACAACUACAUAGAUAUCGACGGAAGCGACUCGUCCGACGAUGAUACAAAGAAGUCAUUUGAUUUCACCGGGGAGCUCAGGGCUCUCAACGAGUCUGGAGCCUCGGAGAGGCGGAGCUUCGUCGAGCAGCUGGAAAACGCGUUCCGCACACCUGCCAAGUUUGCUUUGGACCAGUUAGGCCACUUCAAUAGUAUUCUGGAUAUCGAAAUUCCUCCCGUUCCUCCUUUGCCCUCCCAGUUCGUUGAACACUCCAUGUUGUCCAUUGCGGCAUCAUCGCCUUCCUCGGAUUCUUCCGUCGCGGAGCAGCCGUCUGGUAUUCUCACCCCAGAUAUCACUGAGCUACGGCAGGACGUAGACGACAGUCUGAUGUAUGAGCUUUCUCCCCCGAAGCGGAGGGUAUCGAAUGUCUCGAAGCCGUCUGAUGGCCAGCUGGACGUCAAUUUCAGAUUUGGUGGUAAACGUUCGACCAGUAAUUCUACGCUGAGUUCCGACGACAAGCCGCUCACGCUCUCAGAUAUCAUUCCGUCGCCAGCUCACGCUCGCAGGAUCUCCAUGUCAUUGUCUGUCGAAGAGGAUAGCUCUGUGCUGAAAUCCAUCUUUGCUCAGGCCGCUGACUUCGCUCAGCCUCUCCCUCGUAGACGCGUCAACUCGGAUUCCAGUUCGAAGAGAUUCCUCCGCGAUCAGUCUAGAGCGGAUCAAUCUUUCAGCUAUCAUUCCAAAGCUUCUUCACAGACUAGUUUCAGCGGGCUCGAAUCUUUCGGAGAGGUCAGACGCGGAUUCGAGUUCAGUUCGAACCGUCCAGCGUUCUACCCUCCUCCGUCGUCUUCUGGACGUGGGCACAACAAGGACCAAUCUGUCUUUAGUAUUGCCUCAGUCUCCUCCUACGGCGACGUCAUCAACCCCGGUUCUCACGAUCCCUUUGAUUACGGUGUUCCGGCACUUCCAAACAGAUACUCUUACGACGAUAUGUCGCUCACGAUGUCUACCAUCGAUGACACGUUCGAUUUCAUCAACCGGGACAAUCGUCGAAAGCGGGUCGAUAGUGAUGCGUCUAGCUUUUACUUCCGGAUACCUGGACGCAACCAGAUGUUGCAGCCGCUGAAGCGCGGCCAUCGUCAGAGGGAUUCCGUCAUGUCUGUCGCCUCCAUCGCUCCCCCCGUCAGCUUGUACAAUCGCAGCUUUGGCGUCCACAGGCGAAACGACUCGGCAUCGAGCGCUAGCUCAGUUGCCCAGGCUUAUGCGAUGUAUGGAACUGCUGGUGUGCGCGCGUCAUGGGCCAGUCAUCGUCAGGACUACUCUAUCGAUUCUGUGAUGAGCGACAUGUCUGCGAUGCGUCUCGAGCGCCCUGGCCUCGGCGAUAAGAUGCUCGAGUCGGCUGCACACGACUAUGGGAUGCCUCUCACCGCGAUAUCGGCUUCCCCUCCGGAGAGUGUUGCAGGGGACUGGAUCGGUAACAAGACCUCGUACGACUCCAUCAUUGAUGACGAGCGCAGGUUUUCAACCGAUGAUUCUAUCUUCCAAAAGACUGGGUAUAGAUCAUCAGCCGACUCAGAGUCGCUCUUCGGGCAGGAUCAGUCGUACCCUUCGCGGGGACUCUUCCAGCCGGGUCAGUUUAGGCCUUUGUCUAUGAUGAGCAUGGAACAAAGCGUGCACGGUCCUACAAGGGAAGACGACACGAUGAUAACGAUGCUCGACGGUGCCCACGUCCGUCGGCUCUCCAUCGGCUCUGCCGUUGAAGGGUCUCCUUGUUUCCGGGUUGGCAAGAGAAAACCUGGUAGUGUGCGCGGUCCUCAACGUGCUGUGGACAUCAAACAAGAGGUUUUGAACGAUUCUCCCACUAAAGCCCGACUAGUUGAAACCCCGUCCAUUGCAUCUGCUUCGAUCUAUCAAUUUGGAGGGGAACGUAUGAUAAUGGCGCGCAAGGGCCUCUUGGAGAGACAGAGUCUGGAGGAAAGCGCGCUCAUUGCAGGGGGACAGGACCUUUCGUGUACGUUCCUCGCUGGCCCUGUAUUUGGUCGACCUGGCCAUUCUCCUAGCCCUCGGUCCAGUACAUACACGGAUAGCUCUGGAGCAGAGACGCCCCCGCUCUCGAUUUCAGAUGGCUCGUCGCAGUCUAGUGGCUCACAGUCUAGCAUUGACAUAGCGAAGCUGAACGCCAUACUUACCAAUAUCGCACAUCCAAUGGCGGGCCACGCUCGUAACCCAAUCCGGACUCGAGCUCGAGGCCAGGGACACCGUCGUCGCCUCUCACAGGUGGACCCCUCUCGCUCUUCGGUCUACGAAACUAUCCAAGAGGAGAACGUGUCGGCUCAAAACACCCCGGCGCCUCCUCGGACGCUGCCUCCUCGGACGAUGCUGUCUCCAGUAAGAGAUGACGUCGUCGUCGUCAAGGCUGAUACAGAGUCUGGGUACUGGAACGACGAUCGGGGUUUCCUGGCCUUAAGAAAGUACUUUGCGCUCAGGGAUGAGGCUCAUGUCACCGUCGAGGAGACCUUCGAACCCCCUGCGCACACGGCCGGUAUUCAAGCUAUGCUUGAACACUCCCAGCAGACAUACGGACCCCUCUCGUCCGAGCUUCGUCCUCGUCGCAUCCGAUCACGUACUCACUCACGACCUUCUCCAUACCCACGGGCCGUGGAGCGCUCCCCUGUAUUUGAUCAUUCCAUCGAGCAUUCUUCCCCUGUCCCUGUUGCACCGCCUCUGCAGGACCGCACUGCCAAUCACAACAUUGCAAACGUGGAGGUGUCGCCUUUCGUCCCGGCUAAGAACGACUUGAAGAGCAUCGUUGGACUUCCCCCGCGUCCUCGCGUCGGCUCCAACGCUCGCCGAACAGCUCUUGGCUGGACGAAACGCAGUACCGGCCGCGAGAACAAGGAGAGCAAAGGCAAAGAAAACAAAGAGAACGUUUCAUAUGGAUCCAUUGCUACACCUGGUGAGACGCUGCGUUUGAGCCGCCCUCGUCCCCGUGGGAGGCCAAUACCGCAUGCGCGGCCUCAGGCCAUCCGGGCGUGAACCGUGGCUGAUACUGUACUACUCCUCUGUAGCACUGCCAGGCCCGUAACCUCCCUGAUUGUCAAUGUGUUAGCCUUCUCGCAAAUCGAACACCACUCACCCAUCAGCGACUCUCACAUCACCGCGAUAUGCUAUGUUUACUAUGCGCGUCUUCCCUUACCUCUCCUGCUCCACGAUCAACCUGCUCUGCUCUGCGAGCGCACGAAUACACUGCACAUUGUUGUCUGGCUUACGAUUGUACACGAUGCCACGAAAUUGAUCAAGAUUCGUUCACACGUUUCAUCGCAUACGACCCCGGUCUCUUUUACUAACGAUGUUGUCUCGAAUGUUGACUUACGAUGCUAUGAUCUCCUUUUCUGCUUCCUCUACGGUCAUCGACGCCGUUUGUUGUCAUGUUUGUUCCACCUCGUCUGGCUCGCCAGUGCAUGUACGGCGCCUGCUCGUUCUUGUUGUACUCCACUUGCGUUGUAUCAUGUAUCAGCUCAGACAAACUCGUAGACCGAACAAAGAUGUGACCUCGUCCCUUGC